GCUUUGUAAACUAUUAACAAAGCUUUGUAAAUCAAUUUCUUGCGUAUAAUAUAAAAUUUCCAUAUUGUAUGACCCCUUUCAUUGUAUUUAAUUUUUGUAAAAUGGAUCAUAUAAACAGUUUACGUCAUAAUUUUCGAUCGACCUAUAUAAGGUGCUGAUCGGUUUAUUUCAUCGACAGUUUAAGUGGCAGUUUGAAAAAAGUAAGAUAAAACAUGUCGACGGCUACACUUGGACCUGAGCUAGUCAGCCCAAGUGGCACAUCGUUAGCAAAUAAUAUUUUUUAUUUCCUACUGUUACCGGCAGCUUUAUUAAUUUACGCUUAUUGGAAAAUUUCCCGUCGUCAUUUAAAUGAAUUGGCCGAUAAGAUCCCAGGACCUGCUGGUCUCCCCAUCAUCGGGUCAGCUUUGGAAUUCGUUGGAUCGUCACCUGAAAUAUUCAAAAGAAUUUAUGCGUACGCCCCCUUUUACGGAAAAAUCAUAAAGGUAUGGGCAGGUCCUAAGCUUCUUAUCUUCUUGAUCGAUCCCAGAGACGUGGAAAUAAUCCUCAGCAGUCACGUGCACAUCGACAAAGCCAGCGAAUACAGAUUCUUCAAACCUUGGUUGGGAGAUGGUCUUCUCAUUUCCACCGGCCAAAAAUGGAGAGCCCACAGAAAAUUGAUAGCCCCCACUUUCCACUUGAACGUAUUAAAAUCUUUCAUCGACUUAUUCAACGCCAACUCCAGAGAGGUUAUACAAAAAUUGAAAAAGGAAAUCGGCAAAGAAUUCGAUUGCCACGAUUACAUGUCAGAAGCUACCGUGGAAAUUCUAUUGGAAACAGCUAUGGGAGUCAGCAAAAAAACCCAAGACCAAAGUGGUUACGAUUACGCUCUAGCCGUGAUGAAAAUGUGCGACAUUUUACAUAUCCGCCAAGCUAAAAUUUGGUUAAGACCUGACAUCAUAUUCAACUUCACGAAAUACGCAGAAAAACAAAAAGGACUCAUCAAUACCAUCCACAGUUUAACCAGAAAAGUUAUCCAGAAGAAGAGAUCAGAUUUCGAAAAAGGUAUCCGCGGUUCGACAGCCGAAGUACCAGAAGAUGCCAAGACACAAAAAUACGAAAAGAACGUUGCUUCGAAAACAGUCGUCGAAGGUUUAUCCUACGGUCAAUCGGCUGGACUUAAAGACGAUUUGGACGUAGACGAAGACGUAGGUGAAAAGAAGAGAAUGGCCUUCUUAGAUUUAUUAAUCGAAGCUUCUCAAAACGGUGUCGUCAUCAACGACGAAGAAAUCAAAGAGCAAGUUGAUACCAUCAUGUUUGAAGGUCACGAUACCACCGCCGCAGGUAGCAGUUUCUUUUUAUCUAUGAUGGGUAUCCAUCAAGAUAUCCAAGAGAAAGUUUACCAAGAAGUGUACGAGAUUUUCGGCGAUUCCGAUAGACCCGCUACUUUUGCAGAUACUUUAGAAAUGAAAUAUUUGGAAAGGUGUUUGAUGGAAACUCUUCGUUUAUACCCACCAGUGCCAAUUAUCGCCAGACAACUCAGACAAGACGUAAAAUUAGCUUCUGGAGAUUACACUCUACCAACUGGCGCCACCAUUAUAAUUGGUACUUUCAGAAUUCACCGUGAUCCUGAUACGUACGCCAACCCCGAAAAAUUCGAUCCUGAUAAUUUCCUACCUGAACGCAGUGCUAACAGACAUUAUUAUUCAUUUAUUCCUUUCUCUGCUGGACCAAGAAGUUGUGUUGGUCGUAAAUACGCCAUGUUGAAAUUGAAAAUUCUGUUAUCCACCAUCAUAAGAAACUACAAGAUCACUUCCAAUAUCGGAGAAAAAGAUUUCCAGCUUCAAGCUGAUAUUAUCCUUAAGAGAGCCGAAGGAUUCAAAAUCAAGUUGGAACCGAGAAAGAGGCAACUUGUAGCUUAAUUUCUCAUUAAUUUGGAGCAGCUCAGUGAUUUUUACUAUUUAUACUAGUUGUUAGAUGUUUCGUGAAAUAUUAUUAAUUAUCAAUUAUAUGCAAUAAUGAACAAGAUUCAUUACUAAA